AUGUCGCACUUCCAUCCUACUCAGGGCGACACCAUCCCGCUCCACCCCUCUUCCGCCAAGUCCGACAUGGACGAGAUCGAGAGCCUCAUCAACGCCGCCCCCUCCGCCGCCGCCGUGCUCCCCGCUCGCCCCUCAUCCCCUCCACGCGCGUCCAUCCCCAUCUCCAACUCCCCUGCCGUCCCCCCUCCGGCCAGCUCCAGGCCCCAGCCGGUCCCGCCUUUCUCUCCCUCCGCGCCGCUCCCCUCCGCUUCCGUCACCGUUCCCAUUCCCAUCGCCGCCGACGGGUUCGGCGCCCCGACCAACACGCUCACCGAGCCCGUCUGGGACACCGUCAAGCGCGACCUCUCCCGCAUCGUCAGCAACCUCAAGCUCGUCGUCUUCCCCAACCCCUUCCGCGAGGACCCCGGCAAGGCGCUCCGCGACUGGGACCUCUGGGGCCCCUUCUUCUUCAUCGUCCUCCUCGGUCUCACACUCUCCUGGUCGGCCUCCGUCAGGAAGUCUGAAGUAUUUGCUGUUGCUUUUGCCGUACUGGCUGCCGGUGCUAUAAUUCUCACGCUGAAUGUGCUGCUUCUGGGUGGCCAGAUCAUCUUCUUCCAAAGUCUCAGUCUUCUUGGAUACUGCUUGUUCCCUUUGGAUGUUGGAGCUCUGAUUUGCCUGCUGAAUGACAACGACAUACUGAAGAUCGUUGUUGUGGCAGUAACAUUAGCGUGGAGCUCCUGGGCAGCAUAUCCGUUUAUGAGCGCUGCCGUCAAUCCGAGGAGAAAAGCCUUGGCGCUUUAUCCUGUCUUCCUCCUGUAUGUUUCUGUCGGCUUCCUCAUAAUCGCAAUAAACUAA